AUGGUUCCCUCUGCGUGUGCAGCCGGGAAGACAUGGGAUGGGACAUGGAGGGAAGAUGGAAGUGGAAGUGGACGAUGGAAUAUGGGGCACACACAUGGAUUGCCCGGACCAUUUCGAACCAUCGCGGCCUUGAGACCAGACCAAAGAGGAUCCAAGAGGACAAGAGGACCAAAAGACGACUCAAACGCACGCCCCCCAGUACCAAGCACCAAGCGAGCUACACGCCUGCCUUAUUAUUUACCUGGUGAAUGCGCCGUCUCUCAUAUUUCGCAUUUGCCCUCUCUCCUCCUGACUCUAUCUCGUCCCUGCCUCCCUCGCCGUAUCAUCUCGCUCUGCCUCCGACAAUCAACUUCGAAUGAGCAACCUAUCACUUUUCUCUGUCAGACUUGGGCUUGGCCAGCAUUGAAAGAAACUCCUAGCACACCAGACCAGACCAGACCAGACCAGACCAGACCAGACCAGACCAGACCAGACCACAGGGAGAUUGUUACCAGUGGACCAGACAGGCACGCCACACUCUUUGGCGUGACCAGACAUCAAUUAGCUGUUUUGGAUCCAACGCGCUCUCCAAACGGGAACAAAGAGCAAGACACUGGCACUAAUUCAAUUAUUUCACCCACUGUCAGGUUUCAUGCUAUUAUUACCUCUCACAGAUGA